GCGACGAGAUGGAGCCCAACUCACUGCUGUGGGUCGGCUCACCUUGUGGUUUGCACGGACCAUAUAUUUUCUACAAGGCGUUUAGGUUUCACCUUGAAGGCAGAGCGAGAAUUUUGUCCCUGGGAGAUUUUUUCUUGGUGAGAUGUAAACCCGAGGAUCCCGUCUGCAUCGCGGAACUGCAGCUCCUGUGGGAGGAAAGGACGAGCAAGCAACUUUUAUCCAGCUCCAAACUUUAUUUUCUGCCAGAGCAAACCCCCCAGGGCAGAAAUGUCACGCAUGGAGAGGAUGAAGUCGUCGCUGUUUCAGAGAAGGUCAUCGUGAAGUUAGAGGAUCUGGUGAAAUGGACGGUGGCGGACUGGUCGUGUUGGAAGAAGGGUCUGCGGGCCACGCCCCUGAAACCCACCGUCCUGAAAGAGCUGGGGAAGAACGGUCAGAGAGAAGCGCUUCACAAAUACAGAGAGUCCACCCUCAACAGCGGCCUCAACUUCAAGGACGUCAUGAAAGAGAAAGCUGAACUCGGUGAUGAUGUGGAGGAGAAGAGAGUUUUGGUGUUGAGUUAUCCUCAAUACUGCCGGUACCGGUCCGUCAUCGCCAGACUCCGCGAGCGGCCCACCUCCCUCCUGACCGACCAUGUGGUUCUGGCGCUGGGCGGCAUUGCCUCCUUGACCAACAACACCCAGAUCCUGUACUGCAGGGACACCUUCGAUCACCCCACGCUGGUGGAGAAUGACAGCGUGUGCGAUGAAUUCGCACCCAACCUGAAGGGCCGGCCCAGAAAGAAGAGGCUCUCCAUCUGUCAGAGACGAGACUCACAGGGUCAGAGCGGAGCGAGAGAGCACAGCAGUUCACUGGAGAACAAGUCGCCUGUCAAGGUGAAGGUGGACUCAAAACCAGGUGUGUGGAAGCCCAGGAGCGCCAGCAGCAGCUGUAAGAGAGUCACAGGUGAGGGGAAACAGCGGAUGGAGACACCUGAGGAGUGUCACACAGAUGAACAGGCCUUUCUGGUGGCGCUCUACAAGUACAUGAAAGAAAGAAAAACCCCCAUCGAGAGAAUACCGUACCUGGGCUUCAAACAGAUAAACCUCUGGACUAUGUUUCAAGCGGCUCAGAAACUGGGAGGAUAUGAGGUGAUCACGGCUCGCCGACAGUGGAAAAAUGUAUAUGAUGAGCUGGGCGGAAACCCGGGAAGCACCAGCGCCGCCACGUGUACACGCCGACAUUAUGAGAGGCUCAUUUUGCCCUAUGAGAGAUUUACUAAAGGAGAGGAGGACAGACCGCUCCCCCCCUCCAAAUCACGAAAACAGGAGACCGGCGGUCCGGAGGUGUCGGUCAAAACAAAACUGACAGCCAUCAAGCGACCUAAAGACGAACAAAAUCCAAAUUGUGGGACUGAAAAGGAGGUCUCUGGGAACGUCUCAGAGCAGGGACAAGAGGACAAGGAAGAGCUCCAAGAGGUGUUGGAAAAGCUGGAGAGCCUUCAGGGUCCAGUCAAGAAGGAGAAAGAAUCUGAGAGUCCUCUUUCUGAAGAUGAGGCUGUGCAGCUGGUGGUCAAGGAUGAAGAGCAGAAUCCAGUGCUCCACAGCACGUAUGAACUGGCCAAUGGGAUUGUGCUUUCCUCCCUUCCACUAGAUGGCGUGCCACUCAAAUCAGAGGACUGUGAUGCAUUUCCUGUUUCUGCCACAGCCAUGCCAUUACGCCAUGCCAACCCUCCUCCCAACUCACACACAGCGGACCAAUGGCAGCAUGGGUUGGUGGAGUACAAGGUACCUCCAUGCGUCCUCGGAAAGGUGGAACCAAAGGAAAGCCAUAACCAGGUGGGAACGGUGCUGCCCACUCUGAAGCUGAAACCGCUCAUAACUCCAGAAAUCCUACCCGAGAGGAUUGAAGUCCCUAGAAAGGAAGAAGCGUGCUUCAGUUAUAAUCCACUCCUCUACCCCAGGGGCAAUCCGGGCAUCAUGUCACCCUUAGCCAAGAAGAAGAUGCUGUCCCAGGUCAGUGGCACAGGACUCCUUAAUAAUUACCCAUAUGGACCACCACCUCCUUUAGUCAGCAGGAGGUUAUCCAGCAGUGGGACAGAGGAGUUAGUCACAGGGCAGCAGAGCUCCCAGACUCCCUCUACAACAGAACCAAACAUGGUUAUCAAACGGCCAUCAGUUAUCCAGCAUGCUCAGAGCUUUAAGUCCAGGGCUGGCGAGGAUAGGAGGUGCUCAACGGAGUCCUCUCAGAAAGAAGGCUGUGGUGAGGCAGAACCUCUAGCCCAGUCACAGCUUACCCAGAUAAGAGAGCCAUAUCUCCCAAGGGCCGACACCAAUUCUAGCGUGGAGAAUUCGGCUGAGAUGCCUCAUCCCGGCCAGGCUCCCAGCUUCCUGAGUGACUUUUAUUCCUCGCCUCACCUGCACGACCUCUGCCGACAAACCGAGCAUCAUCUUAACAAGGAGCAGAGAAGUAAGUAUCUCAACAGGGACGCUUACCCUCGGGACUGUGAGACAGCGCAGGGCUUUCCCCCAAACCAGCAUCCUGAAAGGAUGGGUUUGACAUACUGUGCCCGGGUCAGUCAGAAAGAUAAGGGCCCGUCCGAAGAAAGGAUAAAAGAGGAGCAACCCACUGAUUUGAGCCUCCCGAAGCCUUCUCCUCACAAACCCUCCCUAUCCACAUUCCUGCAUCCCACAAUGCAACAGGACAUUAAAAACUCUUCUCUAUAUCCAGCAGGCACCGGUCAGAGCUCGAGCGUAGAUUACCGUCCCAGGGCUUGCCGCGUUCCUCCCAUGACCGUGUCCUUGCAUAAAAAGGUUGUUGAAUCUCAUCCGAGGGUUCCGGAGAAAGUUCACAACAGCAGAGCAGAAGACACGUUGGGCUACAAGAUGGAUGAGAUGACUCGCCCCAUUCUGGGCACCAAAAGUUGCCCGCAGAAUAUCUGCACUACACGGCCACUCAAGAGAAACCUUGAAGAGCUGGAGAACGGAGCGCGGGAGAAGAAGAUCCGGGCCGUGACGCCCUUGCACUCCUCGAUUCAAAGAGACGGCCCAGGGAAAUCGCGGACGCCGGACGCUGACGGCGAGUCGACAAAGCCAGCGGAAGCCGCUCACGCAGUGCACAGUUACACUACAGAAGGUCACAAGUUCCCGCUGCACUCCCACCUUUUCCAAGGGCUGUAUCCCGGGGCUUUUGUAUCUCAGGUACAGGAUAUGUGCGAAAGCCUGGGCUCCCACGUCACGCCGAGCUACUCUCAUCCACUGCAGUACUUGAAGAACCAGGCUGUGCUCUCACCCCUCAUGCCCCCCUUCGCCAUUCAUUCCUUAAUGAUGCAAAGACAGUUCCUGCCCCCCAACCCCGCCCACAUGUACAGGCACCAGUUGGGGACGUCGUACGGGGAUCUUCUGCACCCCGGUUUCUACCCCAUGUCGGCCCUCCACCCUCAGCCGGCGUUCAGUCCCCCUCAGCUCUCUUCAGUGCACCCCAGCACUAAACUCACCUAGGUGACUCAACCCACCCUAAACUUGGACUCGCACUGUCACACUACAUAUCUUACCAACAGCAGUGUUUUGAGACACACUGGAAGCUUCGUUUCUGUUUGCAUCAUCAUGCCACUCUAGUUUAUGAUUUGCACAUUUCAGCGAACAGGGGCCAAGAUGGCGGCUUACACACCGCACUGUUCCAAAGUGUUGGAAAACACGUUGCCAUGGCACAGGUGCUCAAGUGGAGAUGGGCGGGAUUUCCACGGAGGUGUCCAAAGGAAUGUUGAGCGACAAAUAAGUGCAAUGCAACAAGUGCUAAUUCUGUCUGAAACACUACCAUAUGAUAUUGGAAGAGCUGCCUGCUUAACUCUUUUCACAUCACUCUUGACCGUGUGUUUUUCUUGUUGUUGUUUAAUGUAACAUUGUGGUAGGUUUUUCAAUCCUACAAGGGUUACGCAAUGAGAUAUCACAUUUGAUACAGAUGCAAUCAAAGAAGGCACAGUUUUGCAGUUUGACGUGUUACACGGUUACAUGUAAAUAAAACGAACUAAGAUUUCCUCGAAGGAAUCUUUAACGUCAGUGAUGAAAUGUGAGGAAGCUUCUUUGACCACUGUCUGCAACCGGCCUGGCUUUCAGCUCCCCACACACCCGGCCAAACCCGCUGCCGCUCGCAGGGGCCAUGUGGAAUGUGUUUGUCAAAUGUAGGACCGAGGUGCUUGGACAUAACCUUCACAAACUGAAGGAGAUUGUCACGUUCACGCGCUACUGUAUUCUCAGACUGCUCAGAACUGUGGGGCUCCAGGGCCAUUUUGGACUUUACUUUCAGGAGGAGAAACGUAGCGUCUACAGAACUGCUCGAGUAACUUUUGUAUUUGCUGGUGUACACUUGUGAACGCUCACUCAGAGGACUUUUAUAUCAGGAGGGAGGAAUGAAAUUUCAAACUACAUUUGGGGAAAUACGAUUUUAGGAGCACUUAGUUAAGCACACGUACAGACUUUUCCAUCUGUUUGAGUUUAAGGAUAGCUAGUGAAAAUUGGUUUUAUAUGAUGUUUAAGUUUAAGGUGCUGGCAGCAGUCACAUUUGCGUCAGAAUUAAAUGAAGUGUAACAUUUGCUGGAAAAGUUUUCCGUUUCAAAUGGCAUGAUUUCUUUGCACAAAAGAUUUUGGGGAGGUACCAAGAGACAAUUUGAAAGCAACACAGUACUCCUAGGGGUAAUCAAUUGUAUUUUUCUUUCUUUCUUUUUUUUGGGUUCAGUUUAUGUAUUGGUAGUAGAAACUAAACUUUAAGAAAUGUAUUUACUCCAACCGUGUUUGGAGUAACACUCAAGGUUGCUACGUAACAUUUUGUAAUGAAUAAUAAACAGUUUUAUAACUUAAAAGACUGCUCUUCAUCCAGAAGGGUAUGUGUACAAUAUUUCAUUUUUAUCAGAGAAAUUCCACUGGAUGUAAUGGUUCAAAUGGGAAUUGUCUAAUGGGUUUCAUGGAAACUAUAAUGGUCUCUGUGGAUCUCUACUGGUUAUGUGUGGGUGGGAUGUUUUCUGCCAGAUGGGAACCAAUAGAACACCAUUAAAUUCUACUGGAAA